AUGCCACGCGUGGUCGUACGCAGCGUAGGGAGCGCCACUCCGCGCGCCCUCCCGUUGCCUGCGUCACCCAGCAGCCGGCCAGGGGACGCCGGCGCGUUGUCGCCCGCGUCCCGAACCCCCACCUCCCCCGCCAUGUCCGUGCGGUGCGCGCCGGUCGAAGCCGCAGCACAUGCCCGCGACGUGCAGUGCCGGGCGGGUCCAGAGACCAGCGCGGCAGGGUCCUUGGCGCUGGGCAUCGACUUCGGCACUUCGGGGUGCCGGGUCAGCGUCAUCGACGGGGAGUCGCAGCAGAUAGUGUACGAGGGCGCCGGCAAAUACGUCGGCGAGCAGGACGACCCGACCGCGUCGUGGAGACAAGCCAUGGUGACCCUGGUCACGAGCGUGCCGGAGGAAGUUCGGGCGCGGGUGGGGUCCGUCGCCAUCGACGGCACCUCCGGAACGACGAUUCUGGUCGACAUCGACACAGGCGAUGUUUUGGCGGAGCCGAAGAUGUACUUUGAGGCGCAGCCGGCGGAGGCAGUGGCUGCGGUGCGCGCUGUAGCGCCCGAGAACCACACCACGCGCUCGUCGUCCUCCGCCCUGUGCAAGCUGCUCACGUGGUACACGUCCGGACUCAUCGCCGAGCUGGAGCGCGCGGGGAAGCGGCCCGUGCUCAUGCACCAGGCCGACUGGGCAGCGUGGUUGCUGCACGGGCAGUGGUGCUCCGACUGGAACAACGCGCUCAAGCUCGGGCUCGAACCCGACACGGGGACCUUCCCCGAGUGGAUGACGUCGAAGCCCUGGGCCAAGUACCUGCCCCCGGUCGCGCACGCCCCCGGCACCGUCGUCGCCCCGGUCACUGCGACCGCAGCAGUGCUCCUGGGCGUCCCCGCGGACUGCAAGGUCUGCGCUGGCACGACGGACUCGAUCGCCGCCUUCCUCGCGGCGGGCGUCACGGAGCCCGGGCAGGCAGUGACCUCGCUCGGAUCGUCCAUCGCUAUCAAGCUUCUCAGCGAGGUCCGCGUGGACGACGUGGAGCGCGGCGUGUACAGCCACCGCCUGGACGGCUCCUGGCUCGUCGGCGGCGCCUCGAACGCCGGCUGCACGGUCCUGCGGCAGCUCUUCACGGACGAACAGAUCGCGGAGCUCACGCCGCGCCUCGACCCCGACACGCCAACGGGGCUGGACUACUACCCACUCCCGCUCGAGGCCGUCGGGGAACGCUUCCCCGUCGGCGCGCCGGAUCGCCGCUGCAAGGUGGAGCCGCGGCCCGACGACGACGCAGUGUUCCUCCAGGGCAUUCUGGAGGCGCUGACGUCAGUGGAGGCCAGUGCGUACGCGGUGCUGGCAGAGAUGGGCGCCACGCCCGUGAAGGAGGUGCUGACGGCUGGCGGCGGCGCGAAGAAUCCAAAGUGGCAGGCGAUGCGCGAGGCUGCCAUCGGCGUGCCCGUGCGCGCCGCCGAGCAAGGGCAGGCCAGCUACGGCGCCGCUCUUCUGGCGCUGCGCGGGGCCGCGAAGAGCUAA